GACCUGCUUCUGCCAGAGGGAGUGGGAGCAGCAGCUGCUGCAGUUCCUGGAAGACCUUCUCUUCCUCAUCUCGGACCAUACCUGGCUGGGCUGUUUCAUCACCAGUAUCAGGCGCCAGCUGGCCCACAGCGAUAAGCGGCCCAGUGACAAGAGCUUUCUCUACAAGUGCUGGGGCACCGGGCUGAUGUUUUCUCCAGAAGAGAGCAUCAAGCCCCAGCUAUGGCGCCUGGUGGAGCUGGUCAAUUUCAGAGAAGAAGAGGAAAGGGAGGGAUUCGCCCGAGCGCUUGGGCUGUGUGCCGAGCAAUAUCUCUAUGAGAUUUUUGCCAUCCUGGAGCACUGGGAAGAGGUCGUCAGCAGGGUGCAGCUCCAGCCUUCCGCUGCUGGCUCUCUGGAGGAGCCAGCUUCCAUCAAGCAGCUGAGAAGCCUCCUGUUCCUCACCUAUGGGCACGUGGUCCACUCAGGCCCCACAGACCUCAUCCUAGAGACCAUAGGAUACAAGAUCCUGUCUCCCAUGGAGAAACACUAUUUUCUGAGCCCACAUGACCCGCUGGUGAGAUCUGCGUUUGUGAGAAGCCUCGUGCUGGUGGGUGAAGCUGUCACCCAAGUGAGCAGGAGUCCCUUGGUGAGCCAGGACACAUACACCGUGCUGUCCCCCCUGCUGGAGAUCCUCAGAGGCAAGGACCGGGCCCGGCUGCAGAGCCCCGACCACAAGUGUGCCCUGCUGGCCAUCUCAUACAUAGGGAAAUUCCAGCCUCACCUGUCUAAGGAACAGGUGGCUGAGACCAUCAGCACUUGUGUCACCAGCUCCAUGAUUCAGCAUCCAGCCCUGGUGAAGCUGAGAGGGACUGAGGUGGCAGAAAGCUCCGCUAUCCGGGCAGAGUUUCUCCAAGAACUGCCCUGGGAGGGCCUGGACCAUGUGCUGCAGACAUUCCUGGAACAGCACCUGACCCCCACCACGCUACUGCAUCUGUUUCUGCCACAUCAAGGCCAUCUGGAGGUUCCUGGAUGCAGACCCCAUGCUGACCAGGGAGGUACUCCACAUCCUGCUGGACGACAGCCCGGAGAAGGGCUGGGCUAACCCUGGACAGACCUAGGACAGGAGCUGCCCCCAGCCAGCCCGGCUGCCCCCGGCGACCACAUACGGCCUGUGGGAGCUGAUCGGGGCCUUGGGGCAAGGGGACACCCUGGAGGGACGCGAGGACGACCUGUUCGCCUCUUGCUUCCUCGCCAUCGCCAGCCCCCCAGCACAACACCUCUUAGGAGUCCAGCAGGACUGGCCCAGUGACACCAGUCCACGCAGCAUGGCCGUGCAGGCCCUGGCGCGGGUGCUGCGCCUCAGGGGCAGUCAGCCAGCUGUGGAACUAAUGGACCAGGAGCAAGGCUGGCAGCUGCUGGAGGAGGCCCAGCCCGAGGGGUUCACUCUCCUUAGCAGAGCCAUAGUGAGCCACCCAAACCUGGCCCUGAAGAGCAUCCCACAGCUUCUCCUUCCCAGCCUGCAGGCCAGCCAGGAGGGUGAACGCAUGGCCUGCACUGCCCUGUUCGCAGAGUUCCUCGGCAGCCCCCUGCUGAUGGAAAAUGAGCCCAAGGCCAUGCAGAAGCAGGUGCUGAAGGCCAUGCUGCAGCAG